CAGUACGUUACCAUCGACCAUCAAACAGAACAGCAUACAUCCCGUUCGUUACCAUUCAAUCACUUCGAACGACUCAAUCGACAAUGUCUAACGCCCCUCCAUCCUCUUCCGGCGUCAUCCACCCCGUCCCAAUCCUCAAAAACGCUCACUCCUCUACCUCAACCACAACCCCACCCGACGCAUCCCUCGAAACAAACACCACCUUUAACGCAAAACCUCCCCGACGCCGCUCAUCCGCGAAUGUCCCACCACUCACAAACCGCCGUCUGAGUUUCCAGAAAGUGGUGGAGAAUGAGCCGCCCGUCCCACUCGGCACUGGUGGUGCUGCGGGGCAUACACCCAGACUAAAGUGGGACGAAGCAAACUUGUAUCUAACCGAACAACAAAAAUCCUCAACAAUGAAAAUCACCGAACCCAAAACCCCCUACGAACGCCGCCUCGACCCCCACGAAAUCGACGCGAUGGGGUUAGACGACGACGACCUCCCUCCAAUGUCUCUCGGUGAAGCCGAAGAAUCCCCAUCGCAAUGGAACUCGCCCAUCGGAAACGCAACAGUGGAACGCAUGGAGGUGGAUGAGGAGGGAGAGGGGGGUGAGGCAUGGGAAGAGGACGAACCGCAGAGUCCAGAGGAGAAGGCGAAGCAUGAGGUUUUUAUGAAGAUGAGGAAGGGACAUUAUCAGAUGAGGGAGGCGAUCAAGUUGGGGCAUAAGUUGACGGAGGAGGAGGAUGAGGAUGAAGAGUGA